AUGCUCAUCACCCUGGGACUGGACUCGGCGUUCGUCAUCGUCGAGAACAUAUCCAGUCACAUCAUGGGCGGGACAUUCAUCAUGAACUUCUUGGACUACUAUGCUGAAGCACCGAGGAAAAUCUUCAUGCAAGCCAUCGUCCUCGUCUCCGUCGUGUACUUUUACGGCAUUGAAAAUUUCCUAUCGGGUGAGUUUCACGAAACAGAAUUCCUCUUCUCUCGCAUGAGCAAGGCAACAUGCCCGUCCGACGACAGCGCCUCGUCCGGUUCGCUGUUGCUAUGGACAUGGGCUAUACAUUACGACUGA